UCUUCUUGGAAUAACCCAUUUUGAUUUUGGUUUGGAUUUAGCAUUUCUUCUUUGCUUCUUCUUCUCGUUCGCUGAAAAUGGCAAGCUUCUUUCACAGGCUCGCCAAAUCCGCUCCAUUGGCCUUCUCCAAUGCCUUCGGAGCCCAACGCAAGUCCCGCCAUGGAAUCCCCUUCGGAGCUCUCGCCGCAAUUUCCGGUGGAUUCUCCUACUUCUACUUCUACUCCUCGCCGCAAUUGGCACAUUUAGAUCAAAUCAAUGAAGAAUCAGGCCCAAAAGUUGCGUUGAAUCCGGAUAAGUGGAUUGAAUUUAAGUUGCAAGACACUGCGAGGGUUAGCCACAAUACUCAAUUAUUCAGAUUUUCAUUUGACCCCACUGCGAAAUUGGGCUUGGAUAUUGCUUCCUGCAUCCUUACAAGGGCUCCACUUGGACACGAUGUUGAGGGGAAACCAAAAUAUGUUGUACGCCCGUACACUCCAAUAUCAGAUCCAGAUUCGAAGGGUUUUUUUGAUUUAUUAAUUAAGGUGUAUCCAGAAGGAAAAAUGAGUCAGCAUUUUGCAAGCCUAAAGCCAGGCGAUGUGGUGGAAGUGAAAGGGCCCAUUGAAAAGCUUAGAUACUCUCCCAAUAUGAAGAAACACAUAGGCAUGAUUGCAGGUGGCACAGGAAUUACUCCAAUGCUUCAGGUUAUUGAGGCUAUACUGAAAAAUCCCGAUGAUAACACACAGGUCUCUCUAUUGUACGGUAAUGUUUCCCCAGAUGACAUACUGCUUAAACAGAAACUUGACUUUCUAGCAGCUAGCCACCCAAAUCUUAAGGUAUACUAUACAGUAGAUAAUCCUACAAAGAAUUGGAAAGGAGGCAAAGGUUACAUAUCAAAGGAGAUAGUUUUAAAAGGCUUACCUGGUCCUGGUGAAGAUACCCUCAUCCUUGUUUGUGGCCCUCCUGGGAUGAUGAAACAUAUUUCAGGUGAAAAAGCUAAAGACUGGACACAAGGAGAGCUCAGAGGCAUACUCAAAGAACUUGGAUAUACAGAGGAAAUGGUUUACAAAUUUUGAGCGACAAUGUCAGGUCGCAUCUGAAGCAGUUUUUAUGCUCAUUUCCAGAGUAACUGCAAUAAAAUGUUUUCUCAAGUAACACUGAUCCAUAUAUACAUAGAGACGGAUUUUCAGUAGAAAAAUCACUUAUUAGUGUCCAUGCUUGUUUGGGUUUAACUUUGGAAGAAAUUUCCAGUGUUCUCCAUGGCGGUUUUUUUUUUUUUUUUUUUUUUUUU